UUUUUUUCCACAAGAGGAAAAAAAUGCCAAAACAUAGUUUAGAAGGCUGGACAAUCAGUUUGUGAAAUUUACUAAAAUAUCUGGAGUUUGAGUACUCACCUGUCUAUUGAAAUGAAUUCUCUCAAUCUCAUCUGAAGAUUGAAGCAAAGCAAAUUCAAAUGAUCAAAGAUGACACUGCCUCCAAACCACCUCCUUUCAACACAUUGGCAACAAGUGUUUAUUGCUGUUCCAUGAGGUGCUUGUAUUUGAUACUGUGGUUCAUCCAAUGCUUGCUGUGUUGAUGACCUGCUUCUCAGAUGCUUUUUAGCUGUAUUUUUGUAGCUGAAGGGAGAAACUUGCUCUAUUUCUUGUACAUUCUGGAGUUUCUUACUUACUUUCUUUCUUUUUUAAACAACAAAACACUGAAGGCUUACUUUAUAGUACUAUGAAUAUAUCUGGGGAGACAAAGUUGCCUGCCUGAUAAAGUACCAAAACCACACUGAAACCAAGAGGAUGUGGUUACUCUCCUUGUUGCUGCAACAAGUUGAGGCUCCUGCAUUUUCCUCAGGGAGAAUGAAGUGAGUAAGGUAGGUAGAAAACAUGAUGGUGGCUUCUUGAUAUAGAUGACGCCUACGUAUAGAGGGAAAUAUGUCAGUGGGUGUUAUAUUCUGCUCAAAAGUAGAAGUCCUCAGCUUCUUAAGUAACAUAAUUAUGAUGUCCUUUGUAAAGGUAUAUGAGCUCUACUGAGUCAAAAAGUGCUUUUAAUAGCUUCUCAUGUUACCACUCAACUUAUUUUUGAAAUCUUUUAAGGUUUAGGCUUAAUGUGGAAGUAAAGAAGGUGGUUAAUAAAGCAUAUGCAAUAAGGUACUGCGUAGGUACUUUAUAUAACACAUAGCGUAACCCUCUUCCUUGUCUAAUGCAGUUUCUUGCUUUGUAUAAGACUAUAACCUCAUUUUUGUUGACUGGUGUCUCUUACUAUUGAAAAUGUGGAUGCAGGAAAUAAUUUGUUAGUAAUCUUAUCUGAUGAAUCUAUUUUACAAGGUCUCUGCCAGCCAAAUGGAAUUUCCUUCUUCUUUCUGCUGUGUGAGAUAACUCAGUGAAGGAGGUAUCCUAGAUAUUUCAGGACUGGUGCAGCAGCUACGAUUUAUAAUACCUUGCCACAGUUGGCAUGAAAUGUCACAGCACUGUUAUGCUGAGCUGAAGAUCAAAUGCACAUGAAGGUUAAGGGUGAGAAGGGAAAGAAAGGACUUUACGAUGAAAAUUACUCAUUGAUUUUUCUCUUGUUUCUUUUCUGGAUCAUGUUUUGCACUUUGAACACUCAUAAAGUUGAUAUGGACAAGCUAUUAGGUGCACAGAUUGGCCUUGAAGAUUUUAUAUUUGCCCAUGUAAAAGGACAACGAAAAGAAGUGGAAGUUCUUAAAUCUGAUGAUUUGCUUGGACUUACUGUUACAGACAAUGGAGCUGGCUGUCCCUUUAUAAAGCGAAUCAGAGAAGGGAGUCUUAUGGACCAAACCAAAAUGAUCUGCGUUGGCGAUCACAUAGAGUCUAUAAAUGGAAAAGAUGUGUCAGAUCUUCGGCAUUAUGAAGUUGCCAAAAUGCUAAAAGAUCUGGAGAAAGGUCGGGUGUUUAAGCUGAAGCUGAUAGAGCCUAUGAAGUCAUUUGAAAAGGUGGCAGCAAGGUCCAAAGGUGGGACUCUGACAGAGGCUAAAAUCUCCAGAGGGAGAGAAACACUUCGACUGAGAAAUAAAGGCCCUGCCACUGUGGAGGAAAUGCUGUCUGAAGUUGAAGAAAAAGCAGUAAAAAAAGUGGAUGAACUUCUUGAAACAUAUAUGGGGAUAAGAGAUAUUGAAUUAGCUGCAACAAUGGUGGAAGCAGGAAAAGACAAGAAAAACCCAGAUGAAUUUGCAGUGGCAUUGGAUGAAACUCUUGGAGACUUUGCAUUUCCAGAUGAGUUUGUCUUUGAUGUGUGGGGAGCAAUAGGGGAUGCUAAGCAAGGACGACUGGAAUGAGAAUUAUGAAGUUUAACAUUCUCAAUUCAAAAAUAUAAAGUGACUUUGAAAUACGUAUGUCAGAAGACUGAUAUUUUUAUUGAUAUAAAUCUGGGAUGCUCUAUACAAUUAUUCUUAUCAGAAACUUUGUUUUACAAUGAAAGUUUCUAACAGAAAAAAAAGAUAAACUCAAAGGUCUAACAACUGCACAUUAGAAUGAACAUUUAAUUUAAAUGUAGAAAUCACUGAGAGGAGAAGGGCCAAGUAGAUGUAUUUAUACAUGCAUUUUAUGUACUUUGGUAUCUAUUUUGAGAAAUGAUAGAUGCAAAAUUUUUUGGAUUUUUUUUUUUUUUUUUUAAGAAAGAUUU